AGCAGGUGUUUCAGUCUCUUGGCAUUCAGAAUUCUUGAUUCUUGGCAUCGAUAUGUCGGUUAGGAGCGGCAAACAAGGCUCUCUGAUGUUAAAGGACGUUGCAAAUUCGGUGGUGACGCACCUGCAGGGUGCCGGGGGCGGUGGCGGCGGCCCAGCCGCCUCCGGAUGCUGCAACGCCCUGCACCUGAGCGUGGACAACGCCAGGUUUGUGCUUCUGGCCGUGGUUCUUCUGCUCUACAUGGUGGCCGGCGCGGCGCUCUUCCAGUUCCUCGAGCAGGACACCGAGCUGGCCAUGGUGCAAAAGUUCUGGGACGUCUACUCGGACUUCCAGCGACGAAUUAAUGGCCAACGAAUCCUCGCCAAGGGUGGACAUGGGACUUUUCCACGAAUUCGCAGGCAGUUUCCAAUUCGUUGGGACCAUCGUUUCCACGAUUGGACUAACCAGCAACUUCAGCUGCGCUGCUUGCUGUUCCUGAAGUCAACAUUGAGAACCUGCAAGAGAGAUACGUACGGCAAAUAAAGCUGCUGAAUACUGGAACCAAAUUGAUGAUCCGUCUUCUGAGUUGGAGGCUUUUAACAAAAGAUGAAGAAGUGUUGUUGGAAUUAGACCCUAUACAAAAUUCCCACUCCUCCGUUCUGGCACCGAAAUGUUUGAGCCUCAAUUUUUGCUGUGGUUAAACAGUAAGAACUUUUACGAACGACGAGAAGUCUAGUUCAAUGGUCCACUUGCGGAACUUGAUUCUUCAAGAGUGCAAUACGAAGUUGGCAAUUUCAAGAAUAAUUUUGUCAAAAGUUUGCAAUGUAUUGGUUGAUUAUCCGAGAAUUGCAACAAAUUGCCAAAGACAUUCUCCAAAAUAUCAGCUCUUUGAAGGGCCCGAUGAGGCUCUUUGGACGUCAUGUGCAACAAGGCGAUGCGAUCUCGACAUUGGACCAAAAUGGCGAAAAAAAUUAGAAAUGAAAGUGAUUUGGAGCAGCUGGCUUCAUUGCAAGCGAGCAUCGAUUUUGGUCUUGUUCAUCAUCUCAAAACAAAUGAAAGAUAUUUCUAUUGUGGCUAUACAAAUGAGUUUGAGGACAAGCAGAAUCUUGAUGCCAGGAGUGGAAGGAUGUUCAAUUUGAACUCAACUACUACAAAGACACGAGUUAAGAUUUUGUCAUCAAAUUGAUUGUAAUUGACGUGAAUUCCAAAGACAUGGUCGAUCUGCUAAAUCGAAGAAGGCGCCCCCAGUGUCGACAGCUUUGUGUAGCUCAGUCAACUGCGCUACAACACGUGAAUGAAAAUAUCCGAGUGAGGAUGUGCCUUCCGGUUGCAAAUACCUCGCCUGGUCAUCACUCCUCUCACUGACAGAUGCUAUCGCACUCUCACGUGCGCUGUGGACCUGUACCUUGGGGGUUCCCCUGAGGGUCCGGCUGGAAGGGGUAAAACAGAGACUUCGGAGGAUUUGGCCAAUAGCAUUGCGCGGUCUUCAACUGCUCCGACCAGCUAGAUCACGCUGCCAUGGGAAAAUUUUUCAAGGGAAUUUCCAAAAUGUGGAUCGUGGGCUUGCUUGAAGAGUUCAAUCGCGUUUAGUUGGAAGUGCAUUCCUUGGUUGCAGCCCAAAUUCAAAUGAUCCAAGAGGCCAAGAUGAAGCAGCUGGACUAUGUUUGAUGUUGAAGGCAGCAAAAUUAAACUGAAUCCAUCCUGCCAGGCUAUUAUCACCAUGAACCCGGGCUAUGCCGGUCGUCAAGAGCUUCCUGAUAACUUGAAGUGCCUUUUUUGACCUGUUGCAAUGAUGGUUCCUGAUUACGCUUUGAUUGGUGAACUGUCACUUUACUCAAGAGGAUUCAAGAAUGCUAGACCGCUUGCUGUGAAAAUUGUCCAGAUCGACUUACAAACUUUGCUCCGAGCAGCUUUCCUCGCAGCCCCACUACGAUUAUGGUAUGAGAGCUGUCAAGUCGGUCCUAACUGCAGCUGGCAACUUGAAGCUUGACGACACGUCAGAGCUUGGAAGAUGAAUCCAAAGUCCUCCGAGCCAUCAUUGAUGUGAACAAGCCAAAGUUUUUGGCCAAGGACAUGUACCUCUUUUUGAGGGUAUCACUGCUGAUUUGUUCCCGGGUUUCGAUCUGCCUCUGCCAGACAGGGGAGAGCUAAUUGAGGCACUUUUGGUGGAGCUGAAGGAGCGGAAUUAACCUUCAAGCUACCGACUGGAAUACGGAAAAGCUGAUUUAGAUAUUUGAAAUGAUUCUGGUUAGGCACGGCCUUAUGCUGGUCGGACCACCAUCUGGGAGGAAUUGCAGUGCCAUUAAGAGCCUCUGCACUGCCCUGAUCAGGAUUUCUAAAAAUCCUGACAAGAAGAUGGACGAGAGUGGUGUCACCGCAUUAUCAGCACCAAGUCAAUCACCAGUGACCAAUUGUAUGGAUUUGUUGACCCAGUCUCUCAAGAGUGGCAUGAUGGUGUUUUGGCAAACACUUUCCGUGACUACGCAAGAUCAGAGGAGCCUGAGAGGAAGUGGAUCAUUCUCGAUGGACCCGAGGAUGCUGUUUGGGCUGAGAAUUUGAACACAGUCCUAGACGACAAUAAGAAACUUUGCCUUUCGUCUGGAGAAGUUGUUCAGAGAAUUGCUUUCUCCGACAGUGGCUUGAUCGUGGUUACUGGUUCGACUUUGACACAACAAGUUUCCAUCGAAUCCCUCCUAUAGAAAUUAAGAAUCAAGUUGCUGCUCAACUCUGGUGACAUUCCCAACCGCUGUACAGGUCUGAAGAUAAGGGCAUGAUUCUUGACAAGCGUUGAAAGCUUUGUGUGGCUCAGCCAACUGCGCUACUACAUGGUUAACGACGAUAUCCGGCAGAGGAUGGCUGGUGAAGCUCCUAAAAGAAUAAGGAAAUUAAUCGAUGAAUGUGGAGCCAAAUUUGUUGCGGAACGCUGUGGCAGCCGAAUUACCGUUGAAGAAGGGUACUUUCCAGGAUGCGUCGGAACUACUCGACCACUUGAUCCGAGCAUGGUCCACAGUGAACGGCUGGCGUAGCACUUUCGAGCUGUUCUGUUACACGGUUGUACCUGUUUGCACCUGGUGCUCAAAACCAACUGGCGAGAGAGAUGAGGACGGUGUUUCGCUGACCCUUUCAACAAGUGGUGUUGGACAAAACGUCACACGCUGGAUAAACUCAUCAGCCAUUGUCUUGCCAAGAAGAAACCUCAUUGCCCUGGGCACAGGCGUCCAAAAGUGUCAACGAUGUUCAUAAUUCCGCCAAGCGUCUUGUUCAUGAGACUAGUACGCCAAGGUAAAGAUGCCCAGGUUCAAGUGAAGCUUCCAGGUAUCUUGAACAUGGAUGUCUAUGACUUCAAUGGUAUCAGCGUGGCACAGUACGAGUUUUGUGCUGCGAUGUGCCACUUUCCCGGCCAUUGGUACGCAAUUCGAAAAACAGAGAGCGGAUCAUGGUAUUUUAUAAGCGACGGUACAGUGGAAAAACUCACUGAGGAGCUGAAGGAAAAAGCGGAGAAGGAGGCUAUGAUACUGCUGUAUCAAAUCAAGAGUCUACGCCCAAACUUUAAAGAUGCUGGGGUGCAGACGGACAAUCCAGAAAUAGAGCCGCAGAUUGAGUUUCAUGUCGGAGUCCAACCUGCCGAGUACGUGCCUGCCGAUGAAGAAAGAGAAGAAAGAAAAAGCAUUGGCGGUUGUCACACUAGGAAGGAGAAGGUCAGCUUCAACAACGUCAUCAAGCCGGCCGACGCCAAAGCGGAGGUGUGGAAAAGCACCUUUAGACUCUUCAGCCUUUUGCUGAUACCCAUUUGCUCAUGGUGUUUUUCGUCAACGGGAGGUGAAACUGAGGAGGGAACCUCUAUUAACCUGAACACGGUCACCCUAGCCAGGAACGUAAAAAUAAGCAGAUUGCUGAAAAUUCACCUUGAAAAAAAUGUCCUCCACUGCCGAGAACACAGAAGACCUAAAGUGGCAUUGCAAUUUUUGGUUCCUCCCAGUGUGCUGUUGCUGAGGCUUGUGCGCGAUGGCCAGAAUGCUGUCCAAGUUGAAUUUGAAGAUAGCAUUCUUAUGGAAGUAUUCGAUGGCCACGAUGCUGUCCCAGUGCAGUAUAAUUUUGUCUCUGCAAUGUGCUAUUACCCAAAACACUGGUACACCAUCAGAAGAUCCGAGAAUGGCAAAUGGCUCGCUAUGAGUGAUGCCAUGGUUUCGGAAUUAACUGAGGCGACGAAGGCAAGAGCUGAAAAAGAGGCGAUGAUGCUCUUUUUUCAAAGGAGUUCCAAAGCCACAGAUGGAAAGUUCAAGGAUGUGGCAGUACAGACGGACGAGAAGCAAGAAGAGCCACAGCCCAUGCCAAGUUCCUGACUCCUGGCUUCUCAGUCCCAAUCUGCGGAUCAAGAUGGAGAAGAAAGAAAGUCUCCUGGGGGUAUUCAGUUCCAAUUCCGGUGACCUCCGAUUGACUCGAGAGCUUCCGUCUGUCCGACACCCAGUCAAUUGCCAGGCCAUCUCCGUGACCGACCACCAGCUCUCUCCCGGGGACCUGUCCGGCACCAUCCGAGCUGAAACCUCAAGAGAGCUUCCCACCAGCCCCGUCUCCCAUGAUCUUUCUUCAUUGUUUUUCCCCAUUAAAUUAAAAGAAUAUUCUGCAAUUAGAAUUGUUAUCUUAUAGGGAA